GGAACCACAUAGUUACCUUAGAAUAAGGCGACCCUGGGUCUGGAUCUCAUCUUUUUUCCUGCUUUCUCACAUCGCGCUGGCCCCCGCCUCUUCCUCCCCCCAGCGGAGAAGAAGAAGAGCACAGACAAGUGAACAAGCGAAGGCGAGGAGAACAGAGGAAACUGCGCUGCAUAGUGUGUGAAUGGAGCAGUGUGCGAGUACGGCCUCCCUGCUGGCCUCCGUACGGGAGCAGGAGAGGCAGUUUGAGAUGCUGAGCCGGGCUCUGGAGGAGGAGCGGAGGUCCUGUGCCGGCACCUUGCCCCGCCCCCUCCCCAACAUGCAGAACGGCCGCAUUGCUUGUGAUGCAGACCUAGAGAGGCUGACGUUGAACGAGGGUUACAUCAACGGGACGCAUCAUUUCAGGAUGGAGCCUGGUCAGAUGGUGCAUGAGACCUUCACAGUGGAGGAACCUCAGGAGGCGCCCCCUGUUAUCUCUGUGGAGAUGAGCGACGAUGGGACCACAAAGCGCACAGAAACCACAGUGAAAAAAGUAGUAAAGACCACCACUACUCGCACGGUCAUCCCAUCUGUGUCGGACACUCUGUCUGUGGAUGGAGGCGGUUCUGUUGUCGGAGGAUACACCCCGCCCAUGAUGUACAGGCACGGGCCGGGAGGCGCGGUGCCCAUGGAGUACCCCACCCACACUGUGCCCCGCAAUUACCACUACGGACCUACAGGGGGCUACGACGACUACCGUGGAGGACCUCCGUCUGAGACAUACCCAAGCCUUAGCAGGGGUGUUCGGAUGGACGAUCGCUACAGACCGGUCCAUCCAGAUGGUUACAGAACUCUGGAUCCCAACUACAGAGCCCACAACAGGAACCAGUUGGACCCAUAUGCUGCCCAGCCACAAGUUGGGCGACUGGGAAGUGCAAUGGAGCUAUCUGCCAUUCCUCGGUUCGUCCCAGAGCCCUACGGGCUGGAGGAUGAUCAGCGCAGCAUCGGCUACGAUGAGCCGGACUACGGCAUGGCACAUCCAUUGCACUACAGCACUGUGCCUCGUAACCACGCUUUCCAGCAUGGCCCCCCGCCACGCAGGACUGGGAGUUAUGAAGGUGCUUUAGAUGGUGACCUUAGUGGUGGGGAUCUUUACUAUUUUGCUGGAGGGGCUCCACUGGCCCAGGGGGAGAGGGGAAGCGUGGCUUCGCUGGACACUCUAAGGAAAGGACCACCCACUGGUGGAUGGCGUCAGCCAGAGCUAUCAGAGGUCAUCGCCAUGCUUAACUACAGACUGGACCCAGUCAGGAGCAAUGCAGCGGCGUACCUGCAGCAUCUCACCUUCAGGAACGACGCAGUGAAGUCUAAAGUCCGCCGUCUGAAGGGCAUUCCUGCCCUGGUGUCUAUGCUGGAGAACCCUAACAGAGAGGUUCACUAUGCAGCGUGUGGAGCACUAAAGAACAUUUCUUUUGGCAAAGAUGCAGACAAUAAAAUUGCCAUCAAGAAUUGCGAUGGAGUUCCUGCGCUGAUCCGGCUGCUGAGGAAGACGCGCGAUCAGGACCUCACAGACAUCAUCACAGGGACUCUCUGGAACCUGUCGUCCCAGGACUCUGUGAAGAUGGAGAUUGUGGACCAUGCGCUGCACGCUCUCUCUGACGAGGUCAUGGUUACCCGUUCGGGCUGGGAGCGGGGGAGCAACGGUGCUGGAGGUGGCGAGGAAGACUGCAAGCCCAGGCAUCUCGAGUGGGAGAUUGCGCUCACUAAUACAGCGGGCUGUCUGAGAAAUGUGAGUUCAGAGCGAAAGGAAGCGCGGAGGAAACUGAGAGAGUGCACUGGAUUGGUCGAUUCCGUCAUGUACAUCGUCCAGUCCCAGAUUAACUGUAAAGAGGUGGACAAUAAGUUGACUGAGAACUGCGUUUGCCUGCUGAGGAACUUGUCUUAUCAUGUCCACAUCGAAGUCCCAGGCGCUGAGCGCUACCAGGAGACCACACCCAACAGCCAGGGCUCCGCUUCCUUCAGUCAGAGAACCCGCCGCUUCAGCUCCCGCAGGGGCAAAGAUGAGUGGUUUUCCAAAGGUAAGAAAAAUGAUGACGCAAAUGCAGAUAAAAUACAAAUUCCAGUGAGGACCACACCUGCUAAAGGCUAUGAGCUGUUGUUCCAGCCAGAGGUGGUCCGCAUCUACACAUCGCUGCUAAAGGAGUCCAGAAACCCCACUGUGCUGGAAGCCUCAGCUGGAGCCAUUCAGAACCUAUGUGCUGGACGCUGGACUUAUGGACAAUACAUCCGUGUCUUGACACGUACUGAGGGUGGUCUGCCUUUGCUGACCGAGCUGUUGGCGCACGGCAAUGACCGAGUAGUCUACGCCAUGUCUGGAGCACUCCGUAACCUGGCUAUAGAUGGACGCAACAAGGAACUGCUAGGUGAACAUGCAAUUCCUCACCUUGUGGCAAACCUGCCUGGUGGCGGACAGAGUCAGCCAGUGCGAGCGCUGACAGAAGAUACAGUGGUGUCUAUACUGAGCACGCUGCAUGAAGUGUUGGGAUCCAGCGUUGACGCCGCGAAAAGCCUCAGGGCCUCGCAGGGAAUUGAGAGGCUGGUGCUCAUUAACAAGGAUAGUAACCGUUCAGACCGCGAGGUACGUGGAGCCGGACUGGUCCUGCAGAGUGUUUGGGGCUACAAAGAGCUCCGUCGGACUUUGGAGAAGGAUGGCUGGAAAAAGACUGACUUCAUGGUCAACUUAAAUCCCCCCGUCAACAACGACAGGCCCAACGGAGGAUUUGAGGACAGCACCUUGCCGCUCUUAGACAAAGGUGGGAAGAGUGAGCGAGAAACGAUUCCAUUGAAUGAACUUGGACCAGAUGCAUACUCCACACUGGAUCAGAGAGGCAGAAAGAACACUCUGGAUAACAAUCUUGAACCUGCUAACCAAGAUUCAGUACAGGGAGGGAUGUAUGGGGAGAGGCAGGCUUCCUUGCCUCUAUUGGAUUCUUACGAUGGUUAGGCCACACCCACUGUCACACUGCAUGUCAGCGCAUGAGGAACUGAUAGUGUGCAUCACAAGACGACAGCCUCCUCCAACUUACUGCCCUUGCUGAACUGACGACGUGGGGGGGGGGUCGAGACCACUACACUACCGCCAGGAUUUAACUCCAACAUGUACACUCAAUCCUUUCUGGCCCAGCUUCUCUCUUUCUCUCUUUUCUUUCUCUCUCUCUGUUACAUUCCUCUAUUGCAGCAGAAGAAUGAAUUAAACCACAGGAAGUGAUGUGGAUCUAAAGCCCUGCCUGUGGACAACUGUUCAUGACACUAUGACCACUCUGCGCUCCGUGAUUCAAAAACCACUCAGUUUGAAUUUAUGGCUUAUGAUGCUACAUCUCCAUGAAUACAGUACAGCCUAACAGGAAAACACUAAAAGCCCUCGUUUGUUAUAUUUUAAUGUAAAUGAUCGAACUGGAACACUUUGUGGAUGCCUUUUUGAAGAAAUCAAGGGAAAUGUGGGUUUUUCCAGCUUCUCCAGCUGUUUAAAGCUUCUGCCUCUUGUUGAUGUAGUGGUUAAUCCUCUACUUGAUUUGCCCUGUACUGCUACUUACGUACACGUACUGUACUUGUGCCAAAAAUGUUGAGACUGAAUGCAAAAUCUUUGUUUUUCCAGCAGCUACACUUGACAACUAUCCUUUGCUUUAUUUCAUCUGCCACACAUCUGUUUCCAAGUUUGCUGCACCCAUCUCUUUGGCUCCUCUGAAUUUGGUUAACAUCCUUAAAUAUAAAUUGGUGCAAGUGUCUGUAAUAAAUAUGUAUCUGUACAGAGGAAGAAAUUAGAAUGUUUUCUCCUCCCGCUCGUUGGAAUGGACAGAAUAGUCUGUAUUUAAAGUGAUCCUUCUGUCAAAUGGACUUCGAUGAUCCUGGUAAAUCUUGGGAGACGCCAGAGGAUCCAUCAAACUGGAUCUGCUGGUCUUCAAACCUUAUGAAUGUGCAAGAAAACUGUCAACAGUGAGUUAACUGGAGUGCCUCACAUAUUGGAUGUAUCCAAGAUGACCUGAAAAAACAAACAAAAUAUUUUUUUUACUUUCACCGCUGCAGCUUAGAUGUUGGAAAAUCAGCAUUUUUGAAACCUGUUCUGGUAGAAUAAGUGAACAAAUACUUAAAAUCUCGUUAUGGCAUGAAAGUCUCCUUUUCUGUUUAAUUUACUGUUUCAGAACACUAUUUGGGAGUUUUCGCCCAUGUUUGUUAGUGGCGAGUGAGAUGUAGAUACUGACUGGAUUAUUGAAAGAAGCACUAUAGGGGGAAAACACGUUUGUUUCUUGUUGGGGUUUUUUUUUUUACCGUUUUGUUUUCUGUGCCAGGUGCGAAAUGACAAAGAACGCCUCAUUUUCCCAAACCGACAAGUUGCCUUCAAACCUGAACUGAUUAAAGUUGGAAAACAGCAAGGGGUUAAUGUCAGAAAAUCUGUGUAAGGAGGCCUAGAACACAAUUUGCUACUAGUUAAAAUGGUGAAAGGAAUAAAAGCACAUCUAAACUAUAUAUAUAUAUAUAUAUAUUUACAAGAGAAUAUUUGUUAAUUUUAAUGGUUUUCUGUCUUAUUUUUUUUUUAUAUUGAUUUGGGGUUUAAUUGUUUCGGGUGUGCUGGGUGAAUGCAUAUGCAAUCAGUUUUUUUUGUUUUGACCCUAAAAAGAAAAUCUCAGUUUACAUCGUAACUAAAUGCAAACAAAGUUGGCUGGAUUGAAAAACACUCUUCCUACACAGAACAGCAGCAGAUCAUUCUGAUUGUGAACUACACCUUAAUCUCUUUGCCUUGGCUCUUAAAAAUUGCACAUUCUCAUUUAUGAUUGAAUUAUGUAACUAGCAAUAAUGUUUUUAAUAAAAAAGAAAGCUAGA